GUGCCACUUUCUCCCCCGCGUCUCCGCUCGGACACGCUCGCGCGCUCCCCCUUUGUACUCGUCACUGUGUCAGCCCGCCCGCGCCCCUCCCCGCGGCCGUAUUCAUCGGCACGACGACGUUGUCAUCUCAUCGUCCGAGUAGUAUCGGGCACACGUUUCGCCCAGCGGUCCUCGGCUAGAACAGGUGGUGUCUGUGUGUGUGCGUGCGUGGCGAGUGACGGAACCGAGAGUAAAACCCCUAGAACCGAGAAAGAGAGAGCGAGAGAGAGAGAGAGAGGAAAGAUAGAGAUAGAAAUAGCAAAAGAAAGAGAGAGAGAGAGAGAGAGAGAGAGAGACAGAAAGGAAGAGAGAAAAAGAGAGUCAACCCAAAGAAUUAUUCCCCGUGCGAAACAACCCCGUUUCGAACGAGCCCCUGCGUGCCCGUGUCAGUGUGCACGAUGAGAAUCGCCGUAGGAUCGCGUGUCGCCGAAACAACGCAGGAGUCGUCGCAAGACAGGCCGGACUAGGCCCCUGGCGAUCCACCACCGUCUCGACACCGGAGGCGGAACGCGCGUCGCGUCGCAGCGGCGUCAUCGACGAGAAAAGCCGAGAGAGCCUAUAUACCGUGCCCGCGCGACACACAUUCGGCCGCGCUCAGUCGAUAGCUCGGAAACACCGCAUCAUCCCGUUCUUCGGAAAUUUCGAGGUAGCCCUCGGGAGACGGCGACGGGGUAUACGAUGUCUAGGCUGAGACGAUCGUCCCCGGGGCUCCGUUUGCGGCCUGGGGAGCAACAUCAGAAGAAGCAGCAGCACCAGCAGCAGCAGCAGCAACAGCAGCAGCAACAGCAGCUGGCGGAGGGCGCGGGUCCCGCGGGCCCAGUCGCGUGAGUCCCGCCGAUGCUCGGGCCGCAGACCUUCGAUGAGCCGAGGACCCACAGAUCCCAAUGAUACCUUCGCAAGGAGGCGGCCGCGAGGGAUGCUCUCCGGGCGACGGCUCCGAGGACAAUGGCUUCGCUAAUCGGCCUCGAGUGGCGGGCCUGUACGCGAGCCGCCUCUCCAGAGAAGAGCAGCUCGUUCACAGGGGUGCUCGAUCGCCCCGCGACGUCGGCAGCCAGCGGAGCUUGAACCUGCCGGCAGCGGCCGUCGCCGAGGAGUUCGAGCUUUCCGACCGGCAACGGAUCGGCCUCUCGCGGACGCCCCAGCCGACGAGAAGAGGGGAGCCUGCCGGGGCCAGGUACGAGUUCGCUAGACGGGACGGAUCCCAGCGGACCAGGGACCAGUGGAGCGAGCCGUUCGCCCCUGGCGACAGGCAACCAUGGGGCGCCGAUGCGCCGCCGUCCUGCGGCAGGAAGGCGUCCGCCUCGAUCCUUAUCUCGCCGGCCAGCGAAACCGGCGCCAAUCAAGAUGGUGACAAGGCCUCGCCGCCGGGGUUCUCGGGCCUCAGUCCCCCCGAAUACCCGGGCCACGAAUCCGACGGCUGCGAAACACCCUCCCCAAUAUUCGCCAGCUACCCGCUGGCUUCCUACGCCGAGGAAACCCGUCGCGGAUUCGCCGCUCACGACGACAGCCGACCGACCGACGAGAGAGCACCGCCGGUUGCCGACGCCAGGCGCAUUACCCCCUCCAGGGACCCGGCGGACCCCGUCGCGAUCGCGGAGAGGGGGGAGACUACCAGAGCCAGGGACGUAGCGAGGCUCAGGCCCCCCUUGACCGCGGUCGCGGGCACCUCGGCCGAUUCGGGCACCGGUGAUUCCGGCAGUGCCGAGAUUCAAGUCGAUCCGCUCGGCACGCCACGUGCUAAUGUCAACGGAGAAUUACCCGAGCCCGGCAGAGGUACUGGCAACGACAAUGGCGGCAAAAGCGUGAAAACGCCGACCGGCGGCAAGCAAACUGUGAAACUGUUCACCAAAGAGAGCCUGGAUAGGCUGGAGAACAGGACUGUGCAGCUUGUUAGGGACUAUGGAUUCCAACCGAAGAGGCGGAUGUCCGUUGAAGACGGCGCGGUGCUUCCAAACAAAUUCGAACCGUUCCCCACCGAGCUCUACGGCAGGCCGCUCGAGGAGAUCGACAACUUUAUAUACGACGAGACGUUUUGCGUGGUCUCGAAGAGAUUUCGUAAGAACUACAUCCAUAGGUUCACAGCGACGAACAGCUGGUUCAUAUUCUCACCGUGGAAUCCUAUAAGACGGUAUUGUAUCUUCCUAAGUACGAAUCAGUACUUCGAUUACAUGGUCAUGGCUACGAUAAUAUUAAAUUGUGCCUUCCUCGCCAUGACGGAAACCAUCGAGGAAGCAGAAUAUAUAUUCCUAGCUAUAUACACAGCCGAAAUGGUGAUCAAAUCGAUAGCAAAGGGAUUCGCGCUGAAUAAGUACACGUACCUGCGGAAUCCGUGGAACUGGCUGGAUUUCGUGGUAAUCACCAGCGGGUACGCCACCAUAGGCAUGGAGGUGGGCAACCUGGCUGGCCUAAGGACAUUCCGGGUGCUCAGGGCGCUGAAGACCGUUUCAAUUAUGCCUGGUUUAAAGACCAUCAUCAACGCGUUACUACAUAGUUUUAAGCAGCUGGCCGAGGUCAUGACGCUCACUAUCUUCUGCCUGAUGGUAUUCGCGUUGUUCGCGCUGCAAGUUUAUAUGGGGGAGCUCCGCAACAAAUGUGUAAAGACCAUCGAGUUGAAUAACACGCAGAUCGACUGGAACGAGUGGACUUGGAACUCGUCCAACUGGGCAUUCAACGAGGCCGAGGAGCCGAUAAUUUGCGGCAACGCGACCGGCGCCAGACACUGCAACGAGAGCUACAUCUGCCUUUGCGUUGGCCCGAAUCCAAACCACGGCUACACGAACUUCGAUAAUUUCCUAUGGUCCAUGCUCACCACGUUUCAGCUAAUUACUCUGGAUUACUGGGAAGAUGUCUACAAUAAGGUGUUGUCGGCGUGCGGACCUAUCAGCGUCUCGUUCUUCACGGUGGUCGUGUUUUUUGGCUCGUUUUACUUAAUUAACUUGAUGCUCGCUGUUGUCGCACUGAGUUACGAGGAGGAAGCUGAAAUUACAAACGAGGAACGAAGAAAAGAUUUAACCGACCAUCGCGAGGACUCGACGUUUAGUUUCGACCCGACAAAAAUCAACGUGAAGACGCUUGCCAAGGAGAAACAGAAAAAGUUGGAUGCCAGAAAAGGCGUUCUGUUAAGCAGCUAUACGCGAAAAAAGACGAGAAGAAGAAGACGUGGAAGAAGCAAUGCUGGCACUGGCGUUGCCGGGCAAGAGAAAUCUGGUUCUAUAAUAAGCAGAUCGGUGACACCAAGCCCGAGUCCAAGUCCGAGACAUUCCAGCGUUCGACCGUCCCACCUGCUCUUGCAGAAUGUCAGCCCGCGGACGGCGGAGAACAGCACGGUCCACAGGCUAGCCCCGAACCGGGGGAUGCUGCACUCGAGGCAGGCUAGCAACAACAGCAACCAGCAGUCGUCGUUGGACGACUCAGGGGUGGUCGACGACCAUGACGCCGACGACGUCACGUCGGUGGAGGAGCACGACAGGCGUGACCAUAGGGAGAGGGCCGAGUGGCAGGACAAGGGGGCCAGCAACAGCAACGCCGAUGUGAACGUCGAGCACGAGCAUGGCCGAUCUAGAGGACGGAUCGACAACGACACCGAGGCCGACGCUGAGAGCGAACGAGAUAAACCACUGCCGACCCGUUCCGGAUACCUACGAGCUGCCACGAACGUUCCCGGCGGUCCCGGGACCACUAGAGAGAUCAAGGUGUUCAAAUGUAACGGCGUCAAAACGAAAAAGCAGAUGUACACCUUCCCGCCCGGAUAUCUGUCGCAUAUUGUUAUACUAGAUGAUCUUCCGGAUCGAAACUGCGAGAAGUGCAUACAGUGCUGCGUCGAUUAUGAAGGCUGGCUACGAUUUCAGAACUGCCUGUACAAGGUAGUGAGAGACCCGCUGUUCGAGCUGACGAUCACACUGUGCAUCGUGCUGAACACCGGUUUCCUGGCGAUGGAGCACCACGGGAUGAGCGAGUCGAUCCGGCAGGCUCUAAACAUCGGUAAUAAAGUGUUUACCAGUAUCUUCACCUUCGAAUGCUUGCUGAAGCUGUUGGCGCUGAGCAAAGACUUCUUCACCAACGGUUGGAACAAUUUCGACUUGAUAAUAGUGUCAGCGUCUCUGAUAGAUCUGACCUUCGAGCUGGUAGACGGCCUCUCCGUGAUACGGGGAUUAAGGCUAUUACGAGUCUUAAAGCUGGCGCAGUCCUGGACGACGAUGAAGGUGCUCCUGAGCAUAAUCAUCUCGACGAUCGGCGCCCUCGGUAAUCUGACCUUGGUCCUGGUGAUCGUGAUAUACAUAUUCGCCGUGAUCGGCAUGCAACUGUUCAGCAAAGACUACACGCUGGACAAGUUCCAUCCCGACCCGGUGCCGCGGUGGAACUUCAACGAUUUCUUCCACUCGUUCAUGAUGAUCUUCCGCAUACUAUGCGGCGAGUGGAUCGAGCCUCUGUGGGACUGCAUGCGUGCCGAGCAGGAGGACGGGCCAGGCGCCUGUUUCGCCAUCUUCCUGCCUGCGUUGGUGAUGGGCAAUUUCAUGGUGCUCAACCUCUUCUUGGCGUUGUUGCUCAACAGCUUCAACUCGGAGGAGUUGAAACAGAAGAAGGAGGAGGUCGGCGAGGACUCGAAACUGGCCAGGUCGUUCGACCGGCUGCGCUCGAUCAUCAGAAAGAAGAAGUGCUCGAGGAUGGGCCAGGGCAAGGGGAAAGGCAAGGACCCCAGGCUAGAGAAGAUCGUGCGCCAGGUGAUGGACAGAUCCGACAGCGAGACCAAGUACGCCAUUCAGGAGACGGUGCUCAGCCUGCCGAAGGACAACGUGUACAACAGAUCUUACCAGGAGAGCUUGAACCAACCGGUGUUCACCUACGAUCCCAUGUACGGCCAGCAGGAGCACAAGCAGGAGUGGGAAGAGCAAGAAGAGGGCAAGGACGAUGAGUCGCACUGCGAGGAGGUCGGCGAUGAAGAGAAGCAGCCCGAGACAAAAGAGGAGAACACGGAGAAGGCCAAAGAUGAGGAUCAGGCGAAGUACUCGUCGGGCAAAACGUCAGAGGAGAGGACGGCUAUGUUACAUCAGGAAGAGACCACCACUAAGCGGGAGGAACGGGUACCCAAACGACCAUGGCACGCAUUGGUCAGCUAUGUUGACGAACUGACGGUCGGAGGGAGGAGGGACAGCAAAGGGAAAUAUUUAGAUGGUUUGGGCUCCUUCCCAGGGUUCGGCAGGCACAACCGCAGAAAGGAACCCAUGGACUGUUUCCCCAAGCAGUGCUAUCAGAAAUGCAGUUGCAUCGAUCGAUGCGUCGCGACCGCCAUUGGGAGAAAGUGGAUCCGCCUACGCACCGUGGUGCUCUCGGUGGUCGACACGCCGGCGUUCGAAUGGAUGAUCUUAGUUUUAAUUUUCGCAUCUUCCAUAACGCUCUGUUUCGAAGACAUUUACUUAGAUGACAAUCCUUUUUUGAAGAAAAUACUCUAUUGGACCAAUCUUGGCUUCUGUGCCCUUUUCAGUAUCGAGAUGCUACUCAAGUGGCUGGCCCUCGGCUUCUGCAAGUACUUCACCAGCUUCUGGACGAUCCUGGACUUUAUAAUCGUCUUCGUGUCGACCUUUAGUCUAUUGAUAGAGGAGAAUGAGAACUUAAAAGUGUUAAGGUCGCUGAGGACCCUGCGUGCUCUGAGGCCGCUGCGUGCGAUCUCCCGGUGGCAAGGCAUGAGGAUCGUAGUGAACGCGUUGAUGUAUGCGAUACCCAGUAUAUUCAACGUGCUCCUCGUCUGUCUCGUGUUCUGGCUGAUAUUUUCUAUAAUGGGUGUGCAAUUUUUCGGCGGGAAAUUUUUCAAGUGCAUCGACGAAUACGGCGAGUUGUUGGACGUGUCGAUCGUAAACACGAGAGACGAUUGCUUGAGGAAAAAUUACUCCUGGGAGAACAGUAAGAUCACUUUCGAUCACGUCGGGAUAGCUUACCUGGCUCUGUUCCAAGUGGCCACUUUCGAGGGCUGGAUGGAGGUGAUGCAGGACGCGGUGGACGCUAGGGGCGUCGACUUGCAGCCCCAGAGAGAAGCGAACAUUUAUGCGUAUUUCUACUUUGUGAUAUUCAUUGUCUGCGGCUCGUUUUUUACACUGAACCUCUUUAUCGGAGUAAUUAUAGACAACUUUAAUAUGUUGAAGAAAAAGUACGAAGGUGGAGUGUUAGAAAUGUUUUUGACCGAAAGUCAAAAGCACUACUACACUGCCAUGAAAAAGCUCGGCCGUAAAAAGCCGCAAAAGGUGAUAAAGCGUCCGAUGAAUCAGAUCCUCGCAAUGUUUUACGACCUGUCGAACUCGCGCAGAUUCGAAAUAGCAAUUUUCAUUUUGAUAUUCCUGAAUAUGCUGACGAUGGGGAUCGAGCAUUACGAUCAGCCGCAUCCGAUCUUCUUCGUCCUCGAAGUGUCCAACGCGUUUUUCACGACGGUUUUCGGCUUAGAGGCGAUCGUCAAGAUCAUAGGACUCCGUUACCAUUAUUUCACGGUCCCGUGGAACCUGUUCGACUUCCUGCUGGUACUCGCCUCGAUCCUCGGGAUUCUAAUGGAGGAUAUCAUGGUAGACUUCCCGGUGUCCCCGACGCUCCUGCGAGUAGUCAGAGUGUUCAGAAUCGGUCGAAUCUUAAGGCUCAUCAAAGCUGCGAAGGGAAUUCGCAAGCUGCUCUUCGCUCUGGUGGUCAGUCUUCCGGCGCUGUUCAACAUUGGCGCGUUGCUGGCCUUGAUUACCUUCAUUUACGCGAUCAUUGGCAUGUCGGUUUUCGGGCAUGUUAGGAAACAGGGGGCUCUUGACGACAUGGUAAACUUCGAGACUUUCGGUAGAAGCAUGCAAUUAUUAUUUCGGUUAAUGACGUCUGCCGGUUGGAACGACGUGCUGGAGUCUCUGAUGGUACAGCCGCCGGAGUGCGAUCCAACCCCUACCAGUCGCCAACUGAACGGAAACUGCGGAUACCCUCUUCUGGCGAUAACCUAUUUCACCUCGUUUAUCAUAAUCAGUUACAUGAUCGUCAUCAACAUGUACAUCGCUAUUAUCCUCGAGAACUUCAAUCAGGCCCAUCAGGAAGAAGAGAUCGGCAUCGUCGAAGACGAUCUAGAGAUGUUCUACAUCCGGUGGUCCAAGUAUGAUCCGCAUGCUACGCAAUUCAUCAACUUCUCGCAGCUGAGCGACUUCAUAGCCAGUCUAGACCCGCCGUUAGGGAUAUCGAAGCCGAACAUGGUCGCGUUGGUCAGCUUCAAUCUUCCUAUCGCGAAGGGCAACAAGAUUCAUUGUCUGGACAUUCUGCACGCACUUGUCAAGCACGUUCUCGGGCACGUGGAGGAGUCUGAUGACUUUCGUAAGCUGCAGGAGCAAAUGGACAUCAAGUUCAAGAAGCAAUUUCCCACUCGCAAAGAGCUGGAAAUUGUUUCUUCGACAAGAAUGUGGAAACGACAGGACAAAGCGGCCAGAUUGAUUCAACGCACCAUUAGAGAGUUCAUAGCAGCGAAGAAGGAACGCGAGAGAAUGGCCCAGGAAGUGGACUCGCAGACGCAAACGUCGAGCCCCGGUGUUGGGAAUGAGGGUAGGGGCGGGGGUGGAUGGAGUGGCAAGGUAUCGGCUUUCCUACAUGUGCACAGAGGCAGCCGAGCCAGCAGCCGCAAGUCCUCGAGGGCCAGCGACGCCAGCGAUUUCAGCGAGCUUGGAGCCGCUUCGGCGUGGCUCUUUCCGAAUUUGCCUCUGCUGUUGCUCUCCGGCGCCACCGGUACUCAUGAGGACUUGCCUCCUCCCGCUCUGACCGUAUCCCGUCCCUCGCCGACCACCGAACAACAAUCGUUUGCUGGGGCCUCCGCUGCUAGCCCUACAUCCUCCGAUCUACACACCAGCAGAUCAUUCGGUGGUCCAACCCUCGGUCGGCAGGACGCUGUCGAGAGUUACCCCGACGAGGAAGUACCAAGUCUUCCUGCGAAGCGCAGAUCGCUCCCACCGAGCGCGACGACGCUCUCCCUAAACACGUUGCACCGUGACAUCAAAGAAGCAUUUAGCAGACGUUGCGGUAGCCUUCGAAAGAAACAUCAACCAGCUCCCGAACCAGUUCCGCUGCCAAUCGAAUCGACCGACGUAAGCAUACUCGUCACGGAACCCAGUCCAGAGAACUCAGCGCCGCCGACGAGGCCGGCACUCCUUAGACGACAAUCCGCCGCCACGGUCGUUCACGUCCUCGUCCACAGGGAGAGCGAGGAGUACCGAGACACCCAGCCCGACGAUACUACCAGUUGAUCUUAAAUCGUUACGCCCGACAUCCUUCCGAAAUCAUUUUUAACGAGAGGCUGGCCCGAGAGCCACUAGUUUUGUUAUAAUAUCACCUCAAGAGGAAACCCCGACGCUUUUCCGGUUGCUUCUCCUCUCCCCUUUUCUUUGGCACCAUUCUUCUUUGCUGACGGUUGCUUCGAUGCUUCCGUGGUCUCAUAAAAACAGAAAUUCUCUGGGCAACUUGUUUCCUAUUGGCCGGUUACUCGGUUUUUGUAACUAGGGAGGGUGCUAUGUUUCCACAUAGCUAGGGAAAAUUGUAAAUACAACGUACUAGGUUAUAACCAAUGGACGGGAUGAAUUCAUUCCGAAAAUUUCCAUUGGUUCGAAGUUUGUGCGCGGUCCUGAUAACUUAGUUGCAAAACGAUAGGCAGCAAAAAAAGUUAAUUAUUAUUGUUAUUAAUAGCUAAAUAUUUUUAGGGUUGUGACAAAUGUCUAUUAAGAAAGAAAGAAGAAUGAGUAUACCCGGGUAGCAUAGGGUUUUUGCUGUUCCUCGUUUUGCAAGUUACUGGGAGCGAGAAGACUUAGCAUGAAAUUUUUCGAAAAUUGCCCGUUCUGAAUGCCAUAAGGGUUUUAAAAUAAGAGUUAUUCAUUUAGAUAUAAAAUAAUUUUUAGUUCAUAACUUUCUGCCACCUUUAGAGUAGUUCCAUAACUUCUCAUAUUUGAGAUUUGGAUUUUUUUUAUUAGAUCACGUGAAUCAUCGUUAUUCAAAGAUUUUACUAUCUAAUCAUACCAUUUUUCAGAAAGUUCUGUCGUUUCUUGUAUUCUUAUUUAAUUCGUAAUACAAACAGCGUUUUCACUUAUUCUUUUAAAUUACUAAGCAAGUUUGAAUUGUGCGCACAGCGAAUUGUGCGCGCGACGUCUGCGCGAGAAUCGACGCGGUUUAAUGGCGCCAAUUUCAAAUUUAAAUUUUGAUACAUGAAAUCUUUGAUUUUAUUAUAAAAACAUAGAUAGCAAAGCUUUCUGAACAAAUACAUCAACAUUUAUCUACACACAUAUUACAAAUUGCACACACGGUUGAUUCAUAAUUACUGUUAUAUAAUCACUUUUUUCUCAUCAUUCUAAUGUUAUUAUUGUCAAUUUUAAAUAUUAUUAAAAUUUAAAAUGGAA